AUGGAUAGAAAUCCAGGAUUAAUACUUACAGGAGCAUUAACAGUAGGUGUGUUAGCAGGAUUAUUAGCAGAAACAUUAGCAAAAAAACAUAAAAAAAAUAAUACAGAUAUCGAAGAAUAAAAUGUAGAUGAAAUAGAAGAUAAAAGAUAAACUGAUUUUGAUAUAAAAUAUAAAGUUUCUUCUAGGAGAAAAACAGAAUAUACAAAUAAUGAAAAUUAAUUGACACAAAUGCCUAGAUUAAAACUUUAAAAAAUAGACUAAAAAAAUUAUUUAAUUUAAGAAUUAAAAUUUUUAGAUUCUCCUUUAUGUGAAAUCGAAAAAGUUCAUAAUUUAAUAAUCGAUAGAGGACUUACUGAAAUAGAAACAAUAAUAUCGCCUAAAGCUAGUGAAUUAACCAAAUAAGCAUUUAUAUACAAAAACAGUUUUAUUUUAUAUAAAGUGGAAUAUGGCCCUACCUGUUUUAUUUAAUCUGCAAAAAGAUGGCUCAGAGCUGGUCCUCGUUAUAAUUUAUAUUUCAAAAGUACUGAAGUAAAGGCUUUAAUUGUAACAUGUGGCAGCAUAGUACCCGGUUUAAAUGUUAUUAUAAGGGAAUUAGUACACAAUCUAAUUGAUAUAUACGAAGUAACUGAAAUAUAUGGCGCGAAAUUUGGUUUUUCUGGCAUAAUAGAUGAAGAUUUUGUCGAAUUGAAUAAAAAUAAUGUCAAAAAUAUCCAUUAUAAUGGUGGUUCUAUACUAGGAGUAUCUCGUGGAGGAUUUAAUCUUUAAGGAAUAAUUACUUCUUUGCACAAAAAUAAAUUUAAUUAGGUAUAUAUAAUAGGAGGUGAUGGUAGUAUUAAAUGUGCGCAUUUAAUAUAGCAAUAAUUAUUGAAAAAGAAAAGCAAUAUUGCAGUUUGUAUAAUCCCUAAAAGUGUCUAAGGAAAUAUUCCUAUCGCUGAAGAAUAAAUGGGUUUCUAAACUACUGUAGAGGAAACUGCAAAAGCAGUAGAAGUAGCCUUUGUGGAAAGCUAAUCACAUGAAUAUGGGAUUGGAUUAGUAAGAGUUUUUGGAAGAAAUAGUGGUUUUGUGGCUUCGCAUGUAGCUGAAGCUACUGGAUGUGCAAAUGUUGUGCUUGUACCGGAAUUUUAAUGGGAUUUAUAUGGGGAUAAAGGUGUUUUGGAAUAUAUCAAGGAAUAAUUGGCAUAAAAAAAAAGAAUCAUAAUUAUUAUUAGUGAAGGAGCAGUUUAUAGUUUAAGAGAUGUUGAAAUUGGAAAUUAAGGAUUCGAUAAAUCAGGAAAUGCACUUUUUAUUAAUGUUGGAGAAUUCUUAAAAGAUGAAAUAGUUAAAUUUAUGAAAUAAAAUAAUUAACCUAUAACUAUUAAAUAUAUUGAUCCUUUUUAAAUGGCUAUGAAUGCUGUAAAUGGUUGUAUGGCUGGGUUUACAGGAUUUGCUGCUGUUAUAGUUCAUUCUAAAACUUGUUUAGUCCCUUUAAGUGAAAUGAUAUCAGGAUAAUAUGAAAAUAAAUUAAUACCUGAAAACAGGCAUUGGUAAAGAGUUCUGGCAUAAACAGGAUAACCUUCAUUCUUAAAUGAUGAUGAUUUAUAAUGA